AUGUUAAGCGAUUAUGGAGUGCGAUGUGCUCAACCCUAUUUUCCUCCGCAAAUAACAUUUUCUACGUAUGAGAAUAAAGCUAUUUAUGCAAUCGAUGAAUUAAAUCAACAAGCUUACAGAUCAUACAUUAUAACUCCAACACUAACUGAAUAUUCAUUCGCAAUGCAGCAUUUCCCAUUUGCAAUUCCUGAUUCACCAGAAUCAAAAUAUUAUGUUCAAUUGAAAUUAAACUUCCCGUCAAAUAGUUGUAACUAUGGAACUUAUUGGAAAUAUGGUGACUAUCUAUCCAGUGCGUUUCCUUCACAUUGGAAUUUCAAUGAUAGUUCAUUUAAAAUUGAUAAUUUUGUCAAUUUCCGAUAUGAAAUGAUUCAUUCUAACAAUAAUACAGGAGAUGAAGAUUAUUGGUAUGCAAAUGAAAUAUGUGAAAUUGAUACUGGUGAAAAGUUUCCUUGUCAAGAGAUUUAUUUUAAGAAAAACACAGAUAUACCUCUUAGAACAGCUCAAGUUUUUCGUCGACGAUGGGAAGUAUUGCACGAAACGAUAUAUUACAAAGUCAUAUCUAUUGGCAAACCCGAUGACAGACUAUUCAAGAGAAUUCCACAAAAUUGGGCUUAUAAUUGUACAGAUCUUGCGCUUGGACUUCUUUACAACCCUCAAAUAUUGGUGAUUUCAUUGGAUAAAACUUCAUCAGUACAACUUUGGCUAAAUACUCCACCGCAUUAUAUUAACGGCAAUGACACAGUAACUAUCGAAUGGCAGCCAUCAACUGCAUCAAAAUGCAAUGAUUGCGUCACAUGGACACCAAAACGAUUCAGUUUCAACUCCACUAACUUUCAACAAACACAAACACUUUAUAUAACUCGUGUCAAAGAUGGACAAGGUGUAUAUCUCAUCCCAAUUUUUUCUGGAGGUGGAUUCGAUAUAGUUGAUCCAGAACAUAGUCGAAUUUCUAUUUACUAG